GAAGAGGAGGAGGAGGAGGAGGAGAAGAGCAUGACUGGUCCUCUGACGUGGAUUAUUUCCGUACAGAGACGAUGAAGGAGUAGCGGCGUACAGCUCCACUUCCAACCCGGGUUUGACGUAGCAUCGCGACGGGAUCACACAGCCCCAAAUCCCGGUGCGAGCGAGGCCGAGCCGGGCUGACGGAUCCCCCCUCUCUCUGGCUGUGUCCCCCGCCUCCACACAGUCAUGAUUAAAGCCAUUUUAAUAUUCAACAACCAUGGCAAACCACGGAUGUCCAAAUUCUACGAGCACUACAGUGAAGACACGGAGCAACAGAUCAUCAGGGAAACCUUCCACCUGGUCUCCAAAAGAGACGAGAACGUCUGUAAUUUCCUAGAAGGAGGACUGUUGAUCGGAGGAUCAGACUACAAGCUGAUCUACAGACACUAUGCCACACUGUACUUUGUGUUCUGUGUGGACUCCUCAGAGAGUGAACUAGGAAUUUUAGACUUAAUCCAGGUAUUUGUGGAGACGUUGGACAAAUGCUUUGAGAACGUCUGUGAGCUUGACUUAAUUUUCCAUGUAGAUAAGGUCCACAACAUCCUGGCAGAGAUGGUGAUGGGCGGGAUGGUCCUGGAGACCAACAUGAACGAAAUCAUCAUGCAGGUGGAUGCUCAGAACAAGAUGGAGAAGUCUGAGGCCGGCAUUGCAGGAGCGCCUGCUCGUGCCGUAUCAGCUGUAAAGAACAUGAACCUCCCCGAAAUGCCCAGAAACAUCAACAUUGGUGACAUCAGCAUAAAAGUGCCAAAUUUACCCUCCUUCAAAUAGCGGCAGUGACGUCCUGAGCCAGCGGAUGUCGGCCAGUGUUUACCAUGAUGCAAUCUGUUUACCAAAACCUCAAAUUACCAACUUUUAUCAAAGCUAAACAUAAGUUGAAGGUACUGUGUGGUUUGUCACUCCUAGUUUUGAUGUUCUCAAUCUGUUUUUCCGACUAAAGAAGACAAUGUUUUACAUUUUUUUUUUUUUUUUUCUCUUUCUGUUUUAAUAUGAAGUAUUUAUUUAUCCGUGGUACAUUCCUUCUGCCUCGCUGGAGGUUGACCCUCGUUCAGCAAAGAUCUGUGUCAGUUUCUCACUAAAAUGAUUUCACCUUUUUCAAGUGUUUACUCCAAACGUAAUGAAGUUUGGGAGCAGACUAUUGGUCUUGGUUAUUCAAGUUGGUGGAAAUGCAUCAUUGGAGGUAACUUAAAGAAACCAUUUCAAAUACCAAAUUGGAGCAAGUCUGCUACAGUAUUAAAAUUCAUAGGUUAUAGCUUGUUUAUAAAAUCAGCGCAAACAAUAAAGGAUAUUAUAUUGCUGUGUUACAGAAAUAUGGAUAUAUAUAUGUAUAUGCUUAAAUGAAACUUCUUUUCUUGUUUGUAUCCGAAAUAUUCUUUAAUGAUUUAUUGUCUUCAAAAAAUUUUUUUUAAUUUGAAUCUGUGCUUGAUCCUUUUCAACGUAAUAAACUGUCAAAA